ACGCAGAGAGCGACACGCGAAGACCAUCGACAUCGCACAAGAGGAGGUCCUGACCUGUCUGGGUAUCCACCUGUACGAGCGGCUGCACAGGAUCUGGCAGAAGCUGCGAGCGGAGGAGCAGACCUGGCAGAUAUUGUUCCAUUUGGGAGUCGAUGCAUUACGCAAAAGUUUCGAGAUGGCGGUGGAGAAGAUGCAGGGGAUCAGUCGGCUGGAGCAGUUUGUGGAGGAGCUGUCGGAGGAGGAGAGGGCCAAAGAGCUGAAGCAGGAGAAAAAGAGGCAAAAGAGGAAAAAUCGUCGCAAAAACAAGUGCGGCUUUGACGCGUGUGAGCAGGAGGGAGAGGACAAGGAGAAGAGUCUGGACGAGGGUCCUCUGGAGUCCUGUCAGGUGUGCGGUAGCCAUGACGACGAGGAGGAGGCCGGAUGUGAUCAGAGCGUCGCCGGCAACGGAAGCACUUCCUGUAGCUGCCCAGACAACAACAAGCAGGAUCUGUCCCCUCACAGCACCAGCAGCGACUGCGGCUACUCCUCCAGCAUGGACGGCAGCGAGACGGGAUCACGAGAAGGUUCGGAUAUUUUCUGCUCCGAGGGAUUGUGCAACCACGACGACGCAGGAGACGACUCUAACGCCCAUCUCUGCUCCGAGGACAAGGAGGAGGACGGCGUGGACAGCUGCGUGGACUGCUGGCCUCACUCUGUGCAAAACACUCAGUGCAAAAGUAAAAAGAAGAAAAGGAAGGGGAAAGGUUUAUGCAGCGAUCAGGUGAGAGGAC